UUAAUUAAGUUUGGUCUAAUCUAGUAUUAUGUAUCUAAGUCGUUUGUUUCAUAAGUUACAUUAAAUUCAAAUAAUUAUUUGCAGUUUAGGCCCACACUGCAGUGCUACAGCGAUAUGGAUAUAUAGUUAAAGUUAAUUUCCACAAUUUCGAAAAACUUUUGAAAGUGUGUGUGUAGAGCCCUGUAAGCUAUAUUUUCAGAUUUUUUACAUAAUUAGAAGUGUCGAGAUACUUGAAAUUUACGAUAUUAGGCUUAUCAGUUCGGUCAGAUUUACUAAAAUAUACGACACUCAGUAAUAAUAACAAAGUGUAAAAACGGUAUGUUAGCAAAAGGAAAGUAUCGCUGGCAGCUACGAAAAUUUGCUAAAUUUGUUCCUGUUCUUGAUAAUACAAACGAAAAUAACGUUAAAAAAGUCAAUACUAUUGAUGGUGGGAGAGAUGCGCCCAUAAAACUAAAAGUGCAAGAGGACACGUAUGGAGGAUCGUGGAAAUAUGUUGGAGGAGAUGAAGGUGACCUUUACCUGUCUUACUUGGAUGCAGAUUAUUUGGUAAUUUCCAAGGGAAGUACAUUACAUGUGGUGAAUUUUCAUGGAAGAAUACUAGUUACAAGGCAACUCACACUUUAUCUGAGAGAAAACUGUUUUAUCUGUUGUUCUUUGGAAACUGUGUCAUUAUUCAAUGGAAAAUAUUGGUUACGAGGUGUAGUGAAAGGUGAUAGCAUGCUGAUUGUUAAUAAACUUAAGAUUGAAAGCAGACGUUUCAGGGUACAGUUUUAUUCUGAUAUUGGAAGAUCUGCUAUAGAACAAUGUGAAGACUGCGUUAAAAUACUUUCAAACCACAUUCCUUUCAAAUACAAUUUACUCAGUCCCUUCAGUCAACCUCCAUCUAUCAAACCUCAGGUCCAUGCAAAAAAAAUACUUGGAGAAGUUACAGCUUCACUGAUGAUUCAAGCUGUGACUAAAGAAACAGAGUUACCUCGUGCAUAUCAACAUACCAACAUUCCUGUUAAUCAGAUCAAGAGUUUGUUGUUCCUGUGUCUUUGUGAUCCAAAUUUUCCAGCUUUUGUAAGACAAGUACAAAAAGCUCUUCAUGAAAUUAAAGAAAUGGAAUGAUGAAUAUUGUUUCUAUUUGUUAAGUAGUUUGAGUAUUAAAAAUCAUUUGUUGUUUAUAAAAAUUUUUAUUGGGUUAAGUACAAAAAAAGUUUAGUGAAAGUGGAAUAGUAAAAUAUCUUCACUGGUUGUAAGGUUGUUUGUUGGAUAAAAAAAAUUUUAAUUUCAUUAUUGUUUCAUGUUUGUUAAAAUCCAGCAUUAACAGCAACAGAAAGAUCAAUACAUUCUAUAUAAAUGUAACACUAGUUUUAUCAUGUAUAAAAAUACAUAGUGGAUGGCUUUUAUAGUUUUAGCAACAUAUUUCAGACUUGUCAGAUAUUUCUUUGGCAAUUUGUGAUUUACUCUAGAUAAAAAGAGGACUAACAAGGGUAGCGACCAAAACUCAGUUUCAUAUUUAGUAUUCAAGUAGUUUCUCGUUGAAAUAAAAAAAUGAUUUUUAACACCUUUGUUCAGGUUAGUGAGGUCAAUAGAAACAAAAGGUGGAAAUUUACAUUUUGUCCACUAAUAGUUUCUGUUAUGUGCAAAAAGAAUUUUUUGUUGUUGUUGCAAAAGCAGGGGAGAUGAUAAUAAAAUGUCAUGCUUCACAUUAUUAGUUUUCAAAAUAAUAUUAAAGUAGAAUCUACUACUGGAAAAGGCAAAAAAAUACUGGAAUUUCCUUAUCUUUAUACUAUUAUUUAUGCCAAAGCCUUUAGAUAUUUAGACAAAGGUCAAAAAAAGAUAUAGGAGUAUAAAAUAAUGUAGCACUACGAAUAUAAAACGAAAACCCUUCGUAAGAAAGUCCACUUCCAUAUUUUAAUUCUCCUCAACUUAUGUUGUUUAGACAUUUUGAUGUGUCUUGAAGUACUGUUUAUAAAAUGUAUUUCUGUCAAAAUAUACUUCAAACACUCAAAACUGUAGAUAUGGCAUUAUGGUAAAUGAUGAGAAAUUUUAUUUUUCAUAAAUAAUAUAAAAAUUUUAUAAUGUCUUAUUUGUAUGUGUCUGAAUCAUUACAGCACUCUCUCUGUAUAAAAUGUUAAUGUUUGCAUUUUGUUUUUGCUUUCAGUUGACCCUAUAAACCUAAAAUUGGUGUAAAAAAUAUUUUUUUGUUUUUUUUGUAUUUCAAUGAGAUACCACUUGAAUAUUGACUUUUGUUUACUGAUGUUUGCAGUCCUCCUUUCAAGGUGUUUUUGUUCUAAGAAUUUUUUUAUUAACAAUUACUGCUGUUUUUUACAUUUGAGAGUGAACUAUUGAUUUAUUUUUCCUGAACAAUAUAUUGUAUCCAAAUUUCCAUCUGCAUUAGUUUCGGCUGUGUGAUAUUCAAACAUAUUUUCAUUUUUAGUGUUAAAUCAGUCCAUUUAUUGGAUUUAACUAUCUACUGUCUCAACUCAGUGCUCAAAACUGGAUUGCAUAAUGGUAUUAUUCAGUGAUGGGCAAUAUAAUAAUAACUUGACACCAUUUAGAGUCAAAUAAACUCCAGUAGCUUAUGCAUUUGGUAUUUAGUGAUAUUCUUCUUCAAACACUUUAUCUUCUUCGUGUUUGUUUCAGUUUUUUAUUCAGUAAACUCCUUAUUCGUCAAAGCAGUGUAAACCAGCUUCAAAUAUGUUCAUGAAUGUACUUUAUAUGUUUCAAUAAGAAACAUCAUUUGAAAUAUAGUUUUAGAAAGACAUGUAUUAUAUGCUUGUUCUUGCAUAACCACCUCUGUUGACACUAAUAACAGUAUGUUACACUUUGUGUCUAUGACAUGAAAUUGGUUUGUAUGACAGAACUGUUAUUUUAUUAGUUUGGACAAUAAUUAAUAUACAGGAAUUGAACUCAGCAGACAGACCAUGAAAAGUACAGAGGGAUGGUGGGGGAACAUAAAGGUAAUAUUACACAACUAAUCACUACAUUCACUACUGUUUUAGGUAAACAGUAUUAUGAUACAUAUAUUAAAUACAAUACAAUAUGUUAACCACUAAAUUUGAAUAUUUUACAUUAUCAAACUUUUAAAUUGAAAUUCUUAAACCUGUGAAAGCUAUCCACUAUUCCAAAGAAAAAUUACAAAGCUUAUGAAUAUUAUCAACCAUUGUAGAUAUAGUUUGAGACCAAAAAUAAUAAGAAAUAUUUAAAAUUAUUAUGUUUACAUACAUAGCUGUAAAUAUUGCACCAGCAUAAAUCUAUCAGGAUUAUAAUCAAAAAAGUCACAAAAUUAUUGAAAGUUCCUCUCAUUGACAGAAAAACCUGAAGAAUGAUAUUCAUAUACAAUAAGGUACAUAUAAAAAAAACAGGCUUUGAACCACACAAUCAUAAAAACAAGAAAACAAAUGUCUUUUUACUGUAAAUAUUAAAAUAAUGGUGUUUGUGUAUUUCUUUACUUUAAAGGAAGAUUCUAGUCCAGACCAUUUUCCUUUUAAAUUAAUAACCAUCUAAUUAAAAAAAAAAAAGACAUUUAACUGAAUAUCAUGUAGAAAGUUAACAACUCAUUUGCCAAUGAGCUUGGGCAUGGUUUGGUGGUUAAAGCACUUGACUCAUAAUUUGAGAGUCACGGGUUAAAGUCACAGUCACCGAACAUGCUCAACCUUUCAGUGACAGCAUUAUGAUGUGAUAGUCAAUCCCACUAUUUGUUGGUAAAAGAGUUGCCCAAGAAUUGGUGGUAGGUUGUGUUGACUAGCUGCUUUCCCUCUAGUCUAUCACUGCUAAAUUAGAUAUCGCUAGCACAGAUAGCUUUCAUUUAGCUUUGCACAAAAUUCAAACCAAACCAUUUGCCAAUGACUUAGCUGUGGACAAAUCCAAAAACAGUUGGCCUGGUGAUUGGAGACUGCCAAACAUACCCCUAACAAAUGUUAUAUUGAAUCUGAUUAUUGAAACCAGUUUCACUAGUCCUCAAAAUUGGUGAUGACGUACAACAAAGCUGUGGCAAUUUAAAAAAAUGUUAUGUAUGACUUGAAACAAAAAAAAGGAAAUGCUGCCAUAAAAAAUACUCCUAAAUAUUAUUUUCCAUUGAUUUCCUAAUUUUUUGUAUGAAUAACAUUGAACAUUUAGAUGCUAUACAAAAUUAGUCUCUCAGUGGGUCAUCAGUAAGCCUACAGACUUAGAAUGCUGAAGUCAGGAGUUUGAUUUUCCAUGUUGUAGAGAGUGUAGAUAGUCUAUUUUUAGCGUGGCUCUAAAACAAACCACACAAUAUUAAAACUUCUGGUCAAUAUCUAAAGAAGUUAACGAUACAACAAAUGGUAUAACAUGAAGCAUAGUUUCGUCUAUUCAAGGUUCAUCAGCACAGCUUGGGUCAGCAAACCAAAGUAUAGUUAGGCCUCUUAUAAUGGUGAUAUGUAUAUAAUACUUAUGUGGUUUUUUAGUCAUUUUAAAUCACCAUUCAGUAACCUAAAUAACCAUUAUAAGAGGCCUAACUGUAUUUCUUUGGUUUGCUGAUCAAGGCUGUGUUGAUUAGUCUUGAACGGGCAAAACUGCAGUCCACAGCAGAGGGUACAACUGAUCAAGGAAUGCAUUAGGCCUCUACAUCACAGAUUCUAUUUCUAAUUU